GUGGCGAUACCUGUGAGUGGCUCCUAUCUAGUGGCCGAUUCCUUGGUGAAAAUGUUUGGCAACCUAAUGGCUGCAUGAUGCAUAAAUACAAAAUCAGUGAAGUAAAGAACUGUCUGCUGAACAAAUACAUAGCUUUUGUAGGAGAUUCCAGAAUUCGACAGUUCUUCUAUGCCUUUAUUAAAAUUAUAAAUUCUGACAUUAAAGAAGAAGGUAACAAGCAUGAAAACAUUUCCUUUGAAGAUAGAAGUACUUCGUUGAAAGUUGAUUUUUUGUGGUACCCAGAAGUAAACAACUCCAUGAAGGAUUGUUUUAAAGCUUGGACUGAGGGUGCUCGUCUAAAACCCCAUCUUAUUGUGGUUGGUGCUGCUACAUGGUCGAUUAAGAUACAUAAUGGGAGUAUGGAAGCUCUCAGCCAGUACAAAACCAAUCUUACACUAAUUACACCUCUUCUGCAGAAGUUAGCAGAAACUAAUGACAUCUAUUGGGUCCUUCAAGUCACUUAUUUUUUUUUAGAUCCAGUAUAUGAAGAUUUGCUGAGUGAGAACAGAAAGAUGAUCACUAAUCAGAGGAUUGGUUUAUACAAUGAUGUGACUUUAAGCAUUUUGAACAGCAGUACCGGAAGCAUGGCAGCCAAGGUCAAGAUCCUCAGAGCUUCCAAAUUAAUUGCAGAAGAAACCAUUGCAGGAUCUUUAGAUGGCUUGCAUUUACCUGAAACCACUAGAGAUAUAAAUGCUAUGAUUCUCUUGAAUUCCUACUGCAACAGGAUUGUGAAGCCCAUUGAUGGUUCAUGCUGUCUUCCCCAGUCUCCCCUUUCGCUAAUUCAAAAACUGACUGGCUGCUUUUUCAUCAUUUGUGUUAUAAGCUGCAUAUUUGUUACUUACUUCUGUCAUAAUUGGCGGAAGAAUAAGCCUAGUACUGAUGUUGAGAGUGGAGAAGAGAAGAAACCUGCUACUGCUUCACUGUCCAAUCCUGAAAAACUACUGUUGUCCCUUUCCAAAUUGGGCCUAAUCAUGGGCUAUUUCUAUCUUUGUGAUAGAGCUGACCUGUUCAUGAAAGAGCAAAAAUAUUAUACGCAUUCAACGUUCUUCAUCCCACUGGUAUAUAUUAUUGUACUGGGAGUUUUCUAUUAUGAUAAUACAAAAGAGACAACUAUGCUGAACCGAGAGCAGACAGAUGAAUGGAAGGGAUGGAUGCAGCUAAUUAUACUAAUAUAUCAUAUAUCAGGAGCAAGUACUUUUUUACCUGUAUACAUGCAUGUUCGUGUUCUUGUGGCAGCAUACCUGUUCCAAACAGGUUAUGGACAUUUUUCUUUCUUUUGGAAAAGCGGGGAAUACGGAAUCUCUCGCAUUUGUCAGAUAUUAUUUCGUCUGAAUUUCUUGGUGGUGGUGCUGUGCCUUGUAAUGGAUCGACCAUAUCAGUUCUAUUAUUUUGUCCCUUUAGUAACAUUUUGGUUCAUGGUCAUUUAUGUCACACUAGGCAUUUGGCCACAGACUGGCAAAAAAGAAGAAAACGGUUCUUGCUCUCCCCACUGGGCAGUGGUGUUCAAACUGAUUGGUUUGUUUUUAUGCAUAUGUCUACUUGCAACUUCCCAGAGUUCUUUUGAAAAUGCCUUUUCAGUGUGGCCAAUUUCAAAGCUAUUUGAGUGGCAAGGAUUCCUUCAUGAAUGGUGGUUUCGAUGGAAGUUGGAUCGCUUUGCAGUCCUACAUGGUAUGGUAUUUGCCUUCCUUUAUAGUAUAUUAAAGAAAAGUCACCUCCUUUCUGAAGGCAAAGGCGAGACAUUGUUUGCACCUAGGUUGUCAUCCUUCUUACUUUUCACCUCAGUAGUUGUAUUUUUGACUUAUUCAAUAUGGUGUGCCAACUGUAAAAGCAAAACUGAGUGCAAUGAACUUCAUCCUUACUUCUCUGUGUUGCAGAUCUUGUCUUUCAUUCUUAUUAGGAACAUUCCUGGUUAUGUUCGCUCUGUGUACAGUUCAUUUUUUGCCUGGUUUGGCAAGAUUUCCUUGGAACUUUUCAUAUGCCAAUAUCAUAUUUGGCUUGCAGCAGAUACCAAAGGAAUCCUCGUACUCAUUCCUGGCAACCCAGUGCUCAACAUUAUCGUCAGCACUUUUAUUUUUGUGCUUGUUGCUCAUGAAAUCUCUCAAAUCACAAAUGAUCUUGUACAGAUAGCCAUUCCCAAAGAUAACUAUGUUGCACUGAAAAGACUGUGUGCAACAGUGUUUUUAUUGGGGCUUCUCACAUUGUCAACUGUUGAACGAUUGAACGAGUAACUGAAAUAAUGGCCGAGCAGGCUCAAGUACCUAUUUUGACUUUCGUAUUUAAUAAAGAGAAAAAAACCUGAAAGAAUUGUGUAUUGACAGGAAGAAAGCAUAAGUUUGUGCAACACUAUGAUUCGUCAUAAUAUCAGAUCUGAAGAAAACAUACUGAUGUAAAUGCUUAUGAUGAAAAGGUUUGGUUACGUUAUUGAUCGAUUCAAAAGCAACUUUUAAGUAUUGGGAUAAUUGAUAGAAUGACUACUGAAAAGGUAGCAUCUUUUGAUAUGCUAUUUCCCGAGAUUUUCUAUUUGGAUAUACACCUGUUGGUUAUGAUGUUACUUUAUUUUCAGUUCAGCGUUUCCGUAUUUUCACUGUUAUUUCUUUAAACUGCAAUUAUUUCCAAUUUUAUGAAGGAAACAUUUUGGGAUAUCUGCUAACGUAAAGUUUGGUUCUGGAUAACUUUAGGUAUCCCUGUUCAUUGAAAAUCAUAACUUCCUGAUGCUAAGGAGUUUGACAUCUUUUUCCUCUAUCCCUAUGCUGUGUUGAUGUUGGGCAAAGUAGCUUUCUUUCAUAGUUCACAUAUAGGUGCAGUAUGAAAAAAUGAAUAUCUCUAUGGAGCACUGAUAAAAUGAAUAGGCUGGGAGUUUGUUCACUGAAUUAUUCCUGACUUGAAAGAGACGUGUUGGCUUUGAUUGUGGUGUUGCAUUACUGGAAAAAGUAAGCUGCCAACAAAUUUCAACCACUGCUAGUACUAGGCUACUGUUACAUUUCUCUCUUUUAAAGUGAGGAAAACAUUUUACCUUAUUGUGGAAUAAAUAGUUAAUUCUCCAAAGUAAAUUAAUCAAUUUAAAACUCCUAAUUUGAAAUGUUGUCAAUAUGGACUGAAACACUGGUCUAAUUAGGGACUCCUGCUCUGUGUGCAAGUGAAGUAUCCAACGAUUUGUAAAUUUAGUUAGUAUGAUUGAGUGACCAGUUCCAGUGUUAACAGCCAUUUCAAUUUGUAUGGUGAAUUAUGUUUUAUGAUUGUUCGAUUAUAUUAGCUCUUACUAACAAUGUGCUAGAAUUUGUUUAUUAGUUUUUAAAAAACAAGAUGAUUGCAUUUGCUGCUACAACUUAGGCAUUUUAAAAGUGUUGUAGCAGGAAGAAAGGGAAGGGAAGGAGAGGAGAGGAGAGGAGCUAAGGAUUUAUUACACAUUUGAGUUCACCAUGACUAUUUCCUAAAUCAGACUUGCACUUCAUUUCAUGAGUUAAUUCAUGUAAAAACCUAACUUGUGUUUUGAAAAAAAUGGCCAUACAGAACGCUUUAGGCACAUCUUGUUUAUACACUUUUAAAAUAUCGAUAUGUUCUCUCUAACUCUAGACAUAUUUGUAGGAAACUGUCAGGUAACUUUGUUGAUGCCAAAUUCUUAUUCACCUGAUUAGAUUUUUUAACUAUCUUUAUUAGUCAAAUUGCUCAAGAGUUUGAAGUAGUUGAGUAUGAUUUUUGAUAUGCAAGGUGCCAUAAAUCAUUGUUACUGAUAUCUAUUUAAAUCAUGGUAACAUUUUUAUCUUAAUUUAAGUCACAUUUACAGAUCCUGCAGUAUGUUAUUUUUCACUGAAUUCUUGUGCAGUGAAUUAACUUUGAACUUCACAUCUGCAUAUUUAGUAGCAAAUAUCUUGAAGUUGUAUGACAUACUUUUCAAACUACACAUGCCAAUGGCAGCGAUCUUGCAGUGUGACAGCACAAAAGUGUUUAAGUGCCAUUUUAACCCAUUUUUAAAAAGAUAAAGAUGUGAGAUCGGAAUCGGGAACUCUCAAAAUAGUGUCCUUUCUAAUUUAUCAAAACUUUUAAAAAUUUAUUCUUGCAAUUAGAGUUUCAUAUAACAUUCCCUCCCUUUUCUCCAAUUGACAAGAGGUAAUGGUGCAUUGAGACAGCCAAACUAGAAGAUCCUAGAUUUGAUGAGGACUAAGUUCACUGAUUUCAUUAUGAAUAGUUCAACAUUCCUUAGGAACAUUAACUAUUUCCUCCUGGAAAGUGUGCUUGCGCAGCACUUGGCAAUUUAACACUUUGCCAAUGGUAAUUGUUUAAAACCACAAGAAGCAUGACCUUGUAAGCAAGGUACUGUGCAACUGUGCCCAGCAUGUUAUAUAUUGAGCAGGAAUGUAACAUUUAUAGGUGUAUCAAAGUGGGUAAAACCAGAUUUCAUCAUUUUGGAGGAAGGUGGCAGGCAGGGGAAGUUGAGAGUUUCUCACAAUGCAGUCAAUCAAAUUUCUCGAAUGGUAGUUGACUUCACACUGUUGUUUGUGAUUCCCACAAUUGUUUGGGCCUUAUUUAUUUUACUAAAUUGUUAAUUCUUCUGAAAGUCUAUGAAAUAAAGAUCUGAGUAAGUUUUGCACUAAAAUUCAAUUUGUAAUAUUCCACUGCUUGCAUGUGCUUUUCUUUGCAAAAUGUUUUGCUUGUGAAUGACUUCUGUAGCCUUCAGAACCUUUUGGUCACCAGAACUGGAGUGAGUUUUAUAUGUAGUCCCUUUCUGUUCAUUGUACUUCAUUUUGAAAUGAUAGCUUGGCUGAAGAAUUUACUGCACUUAAACAGGAUUUCAGGCUUGAGUAAAUUCCAGCAGUUACAGAAAAUAAUAUAUAAGUCCACUAUAAUAUAAUACCAAAUGUUAAUCUUUGACAGUUUUUAUUGCACUUGGGGUCACAUUUUUAGUACUGCCACUUAUAUUUGAGUUCUUGCAGUAUUGCAGGAGAACCAUAUUUUGUGUAUAGAUGAACUUUUUUCUGUUUUUGAGGUUUUGCACUUAUGAAGAGCCACGUGACUGUGGUAUGUUUAUAAUUGUUCAACAAUUUUCCUGAAACAGCUGAAUGCUAAUUAAAAUUUUCUGAAAUGAGUUUCAUUUACAAUUUAUCAUUGUUUAUAAUGGAUUUCCUGGGUAGUUUGAGAUGUGAAAAUUUAAUGUUGUAGUGUUAAAGACAAAAAAUUUAUAUUUUGUACAAUUUCUAAUCAUGUGAGUUCUUUAGGAUUGUUUUGCAGAUUUAUGGCAUUGUUUUUUAAGUGUUUUUCCUGUUUUUAAAAACUAAGAAUUUGUGUUAUAGAGCUGCAAUGUCAUUCAGUGAUGUUUACUCUUAGAUUGUGUGGAAGAUUUUCACCUAGUUUAAUGAUUGAAUUCAGUUUCUUUCCACAUGCUUUUAUUUAGUUUCUGGGCCAUAUGUAAAAUAACUGGUUAUGAUAAGCAUAAAUAAAUUGGUCUGACUUAAGGAAGUUAAGGAAUGCAUGAUGUUCAAACUUUUUCCGAUAUGUUUGUAGUUUUCAUUUGUGUUUGGUGGUUUGCUAAGCCACUAACUGUUGAAAUGUGUACUUCGUAUUGAAUGUGCCAAACCUAAAAUAAAUUUCCCAUGUUUUCUA